AUCCGAUACGGCGGACAUGUAUCGUCUUGGCGAGGCCGUCGCCGGAAGAAUACGGCUGAGCAAGAACUAUUGUGUUGAUCUUCUACAGAGCUGCGAGUCUAUGGCCCAUCUCACGCAAAUCCACGCGAAGAUUUUUCGGGUCGGACUCCAGGAUAACAUGGACACUCUCACCAAGAUCGUGCUCUUCUGCACCGAUCCGUCUCGUGGCAGUAUCCGUUACGCAGAGAGGGUUUUGGGUUUUGUGCAAAGUCCAUGCCUUGUAAUGUACAAUCUGAUGAUCAAAGCGGUUGCCAAGGAUGAGAAUUUCAGGAAAGUGUUGGUUUUGUUCAGUGAGUUGCGGAAACAAGGUUUAAAUCCGGACAAUUUCACGCUCCCGCCUGUUUUCAAGGCGAUGGGCUGUCUGGGAAAGGUUGUCGAAGGCGAGAAGGUUCACGGGUAUGUGGUGAAAUCUGGGUUUGAUGCUUGUGUCUGCAAUUCAGUCAUGGGAAUGUAUGGUGCUCUGGGUAAGAUGGAGGUUGCUAAGAAGGUGUUCGAUGAAAUACCUGAAAGAGAUGUAGUCUCGUGGAAUGUGUUGAUUUCAAGUUACGUCGGGCAUCGGAAGUUUGAGGAUGCGAUUGCGGUUUUUAGGCGGAUGAGACGGGAGAGCAACUUGAAGGCUGAUGAGGCUACAGUCGUGAGCACUCUUUCGGCGUGUUCGGUCUUAAGGAAUCAGGAGGUUGGGGAAGAGAUUCACAGAUAUGUUGACGCUGAACUUGAGAUGACUACUAAAAUAGGGAAUGCCUUGUUGGACAUGUACUGUAAAUGCGGUUGUGUAGAUAAAGCCAGGGCAAUUUUCGAUGAGAUGGGAAACAAAAAUGUGAUCUGUUGGACUAGCAUGGUUUCGGGGUAUGCAAGCAAUGGCAGUCUUGACGAGGCUAGAGAGUUGUUUGAGAGAAGCCCGGUUAGGGAUAUCGUUCUUUGGACAGCUAUGAUCAAUGGGUAUGUUCAGUUCAAUCUAUUCGACGAGGCAUUGAAAUUGUUUAGGAAAAUGCAGAUCCAGAGACUUAGGCCCGAUAACUUCAUAUUAGUCACUCUCUUGAAAGGUUGCGCUCAAACGGGAGCUCUAGAGCAAGGAAAGUGGCUCCAUGGAUACAUACAUGAGAAUAGUAUUACCCUAGAUCGCGUGGUCGGUACUGCUCUUGUGGACGUGUAUGCAAAAUGCGGGUGCGUAGAAAAAGCUCUUGAAGUGUUCUAUGAAAUGAAGGAAAGAGACACAGCUUCUUGGACGUCGGUUAUCUACGGGCUUGCGGUGAACGGCAUGACGAGCAAAGCACUUGAUUUCUUUUCCCAAAUGGAAGAGGCUGGUUUCAGACCAGACGAUAUAACCUUUAUCGGGGUCCUAACUGCUUGUAAUCAUGGUGGAUUGGUUGAAGAAGGGCGUCGAUAUUUUGAUUCAAUGACCAAAACCUACAAGAUCCAGCCAAAGUCAGAGCACUAUAGCUGCCUGAUAGACCUGCUGUGCAGAGCUGGAUUGUUAGAUGAAGCAGAACUGCUGCUAGAGAUGAUCCCUAUCGAAAGCAGUGACAUUGUUGUUCCAUUGUACUGUUCUCUGCUUAGCGCUUGCCGUAACUAUGGAAACUUGAAGAUGAGCGAGCGGGUGGGUAGACGGCUUGAACGAGUGGAAGUUAAAGAUUCGAGUGUUCAUACUCUGCUCGCAAGCGUAUACGCAUCUGCCAACAGGUGGGAAGAUGUAACGACUGUGAGAAGGAAAAUGAAGGAGUUGGGAAUAAGGAAGUUCCCUGGUUGCAGCUCCAUCGAGGUGAACGGGGUUCUCCAUGAAUUUAUGGUUGGAGGUCCAUCUCAUAUGGAAAUGGACGACAUUCACUCCGUGUUGGGUCAAGUGACGAAAUGGAUGUUGGGUUUGGAGCGUGAAGGAAUCGAAAGCGAACCCUGUUGAAACACAAGAACACGAGGGAUGACGAAAGUGAAACUCUCGGGUUGAAGUUUGGGAAGAUUGGAGCUAAUGGGAAGUGAUGAUGGACAUUGGAGAUGAUUUUGGAUCGGUGAAAUCCACGCGCUUUAUAUGCGCGUGGUUGUUAUAUCGCGUCGCGUGUGGUUAGUGUUACAGUGUUCAAAGAGAAAAUCGAGUUAGCCCAUUUAAAGCUAUUUAUGGGCCGUCAUCAGGUAGCCCAUUUGAACUAUUUUAUUACAUGGGCUGGAUUUAGAUGGUUUGAUUAGAUUGUUUUGUAUCAUAUCAUGAAAUUUUGUUAAAAUAUAUCAAAUAUAGUAAAAUCC